GCAGAUAAUUAAACUCUUGCCUUUAAAUUCUGUGAUGUCUAUCAAAUAUUAAAUAUUAAUCACUUAAAGUUCAUUAAUCGGAGACGUAUAAUUACCGGAAACGUUAGAGUGGUGUUGGGAAGGAUCUCGCUUGGCUAUUAUUAGCAGGUCACUCUGUGCAUUCGGCAACAUUUAUUCAUGAUGAUCAACAAGGCACUCUGUUUUACCAAGCUUUCUCGGAUAACUGUAGUGCCAAUAGCGAAUUAUUCCAGCAAUUAUCGUUUAGCUGAGGUUGGCAAAUUUGAGUCACCAAAAAUUUCAGGAAAAUAUGAAACUGGACAACUUUUCUUGCAUCGUGUAUUUGGAUAUAGAGGAGUUGUACUCUUCCCGUGGCUUGCAAGAGUAUAUGAUAGAGAUGUUCCUAACAAAAAGGAAUCCAAGCCAAUUGAAGAUACGCUAAAUUAUAAUCAAGUUGGGAAGGAGGUAAAAGGAAGAGCCCAUACCUACUAUCAAGUUUUAAUAGAUUCCAGAGAUUGCCCUUAUAUUAGAGCUCAGACAGAAGCAGUAACAUUUUUAGGAAAUCAAGACAAUGGCAGAACAUUGUAUGCAGUACCUGGAUUGGAUUAUAUUGCUCAUGAAGAUGUUAUGCCAUAUAUAGCUGGAGAUAAAAAGCCAAUUCGACAUGACCUUUUUGACAAGUUCCUUCAGUAUCAUGGAGAAAGAGAUCCUCCUUUUGGUCCCAGAGAAACACUAAAGGCUUGGCAAGAGCGUAAUCAUCCGUGGCUCGAAUUGUCUGAUGUCCAUAAGGAGACUACAGAAAAUAUUAGGGUCACUGUAAUUCCCUUUUAUAUGGGAUGUAGAGAAUCACAAAGCACUAAUGUUUAUUGGUGGCGUUACUGUAUACGUCUUGAAAACUUAGGAGAAUUAACAGUCCAGUUACGGGAAAGACAUUGGCGGAUUUUUAGUCUUUCUGGGACUUUGGAAACAGUCAGAGGAAGAGGUGUUGUUGGUCAGGAACCUGUACUAUCAUCACAGCAACCUGCUUUUCAGUAUUCCUCCCAUGUUUCAUUGCAAGCUCCCUCUGGACAUAUGUGGGGAACAUUUCGUAUGGAGAGAGAAGAUGGCUUUACAUUCGAUUGCCGGAUCCCUCCAUUUUCUUUAGAAAGUAAACAAGAGGACACUACACAGCCAACAGGCAUAAUGUAACUCUGGAAACUACUAAUAGUACAGUAUCUAGUUUGAAUACUGUCUGUUGAGGAUGAAUUAGAGUUUUUCUUAUUUUCAUGUUACACUUGUAGAUAACUUUCAUUCUUAUUUACCUUUGGUGGUAUAAUUGUUAUAUGCUAGGUGCUCAAAAUAUUCAAAGACAAAAUAGUCUUGUUUGACUUUUUUUGGAAAACUGCAUGAAAUGCAAUCUUGAAGGUGCAGGUCAGAGGAUUGAAGCUUCCUAUAAGUUAUGGAUUGCUGCAGGUGACUCAAUGUGAAGUAAUGCAAAUUGUAAAGAUUCCCCCCCCCCCAUUUCUGUCAAGAAGUAUGGUUGUAUUAAUUAAUGUAAUUUUUAUGAAUUAGUUCAGUGAUGAAGUCAAAAGUUCUAGUCUUUCAAAGGGCCCACCAUAAUGAAUUGUUCUUAAAUGAGAGGGGGUAAAAUUAAGAACAAUGUAAAGUUCAAGAAGUUGGACAAUUGGGUUUGGGAAAGUAAAAGAAAUUAAUGAAAAGGAAAAUCAAGAAAGAAAUGAAACUGAGGUGAAGGGAUGCUGCAAAUAGCAUUUAAUGGAGACUAGUCUCUGUGAGCUUUCUUACAAUGGUGGUUGUGGGAUAGAUGUGAGGUUAGUCGUGUCACCAGAGAAGCAAAACAUGGAGGAAGAUUUUGGAUGUCAGAGAUGUACAAGAGAAACUAGGGAAGAGACCAGUGGUGAGGGAUGGGUCAUUGUGGAUUACAAAUUGAAAUGAUUGGAUUUUUGGUAAUUGAAACCUUCUUAUUAGUGAGCAGGUAUGAAAUAUUCAGCACCCCUAAUAAUGUAUAGCAGGUAGAGUUAUUGGCCAGAAAGUGGAAAUUUUGAAUUUUGGGGGGAUAUAGAAUGCAGAAAUGAUUGAGAUAUAUGGUGUCCAGAUGCUUGAAAAUAGACCAAGGUGGUUUUAGCAUGCAAUGAGAAAAGAUGAGAAAGAAGUAAGUCAUGAAAAGUGCACGGCUGAAGACCUAAACCAUUGCAAUUAGAAGUUGAAAGAUGCCGUUUCAUUUCUAAAACCUCAGUUAGAGGGACAGAUGUAAAAAAAAUGAUUAAAUAGUUGGAGAAAUUGUGGCAAACAUUUUUUCUUACAGCAUUAUUUUGCAACGGAAAAAUUAGUCCUUGGGGUAAUAAAAUAAUUUUAACACUAACAGAACAGUGCUGCCUUUUUGUGGAAGAGAUUGGAAGCAAGUUGAGUUAUAGUGUGCUUUCAAGCCUUGCUUUAUAGUCAGGUGCAUACUUCCUUUGCAUUUUAUAGAUUGUAAAACCAUUAGGGCUUCAUAGUUUUUACUAAAUGCAAAGUCAUGAAGCUAGUGACAAAGGCCCACAAAUCUGGGAAACCAUUUUUUAUUUAACACUACCUAGAACUGGACAUUGAUAGUUUAACGGUAGUUAUUGGUCUGUUAUGUUACUAUCAUCUUGAUAUAGAUGGCCUGAACCAUAUAUAUUUACCACUUUGUCAGAACCUUUAUUGGCAAUUAUCUUUUUAGUAUUCUUUCAGUAGUCAGAGAACAAAUUUACCAGAUUUACCAAUUCUUCGAGCACUGCUGCUGCUAGGGUCCAGUGCCGUUCACAUACAUUCCCCAGGUGGUAAGUUCUUGAACGCUAUGUUCCUGGUUCAGCGCACCUAUUGACACUUGCAGUGAUUAAUUUCCACCCAGUUGUACCCAAGGAAAACUUGAAUGAUUGAAAUUUACUUUUAAAAUCCCUUCUUGGCUCUUUCACGGUCAAAUACAAUUGAUGUGGUAUUUUUCUGCAUACAGUAAAACUACUUGCAGUGUCUCUGCACUUGUAGAAUUCCUUGUACAGCAUAUGAACGUGUUACCAUCACCAGUAUGUUAAUCUUAAGAGGUUUUUCAAAAAAAAUUUCCAGUAAAACAUCAUGGUUUAUAAAAGACAAUUGUAUGCAACAUCAGAUGUUAACAUGAAAAGGUCCAUACGUAGUCCAUAUGAUAAGACUAAAUUUCUAAGUAUGACUAGCUUUGUCUAAAGACUAAAUUUCUAAGUAUGACUAGCUCUGUCUAAACUUAACUUAUACUCAUGACCAGCUCUGACACAUUUUGUGUAAUUCCUAUGUGAUAAGUGGCAGUAUCCCAUAGGAUAAUGGAGUUUCAGAGGAAAAAUAAUACUUAAGAUUAAGACAUUUUUUUCUUUACACAACAUUACAGCAACAGUUCAUAACUAUGUUACUGCUUUUAUUUUACUCCCUUCCACAUUGAGUCCAAAAAGUGAAACUGCCACACUUUUUACACCAAACUUAGUUUAGUAUGCAUUUAAUUAUAUACUAGUUGUUCCAAAGUAAAUACAGUCAUUCUGCUGAGUAAACCCUGCAAGUGUCAAGAACUUACACAAGAGAUAGUGUUAACUGUAGGCUUGUCACUGCAAGGCCUGUCUUCGGAGUGCUGGUGUUCCACAUUUGUUAACAGAAAGUUGAAUUUUUUGUACACUGAAAAAAUAAAAUUGUCUUGAGGUGAAAUGAAAUGGUGUAUGUGGUAACAUGUCUGUUACAUUAUGUAAGUGUCAUUAUAAGUAAUGGUUACAUACUUAAAUGGACCAGUUGUGGAAUCAUGCAGUUUGUUGAAGGGAUUUCAGAAAAUACAAAUCAACUUUUGUUACUAAAAUCAUUUGCACCAAGUAUGCUAAAAAUAAGAUUUUAACUCUUAGAAUUGAGCAUUGUAGUGGAUGUGUACGAAUAAGCACUUGUUAAGCAAGUAAGUGUAACCUAAGCUUGGCUGUAGAUAAGAGCUUCAUUUGCAAGAGAAAUGACUUGGCAAUACAAUUAAUAAUUAGAAUUGAGCAGGAAAUGAAGAAUAAAAUUUCUUUUCAGGGAAAAGAUAUUAUUACUAUGGGUAUGAAUUGGAGUAGUAGGCAAAUUGAAAAACUAAUUUUGAGUUGCUCUAAGUUUUCAUAUAAGAAUAUUGGUACAGUAGUAUACUUUUUUUGUUAAUGUUGCAGUAGGUGCAUCCUGACUUGCAAGAUUAUCUGAAUGGGAGUGAAUAGCAUUAUUUUUUCAACAAUUGUUCUUCACAGGUUGGGAUACAAGUACUGCAUAUUGGUAUCUGUGAUAGCUGUUGUCAACGUAGUUAACUUGUACUACAGUAUUUGGUUUCUUUAACUUAUAAUUUAUUUCCUACAGUGGUUUUUGUCAAGGGGAAAGAAGUUGUUCCUGUGUGCUCUCAUAGAAAUGUAAGUACACUUCUAGAGGUACAUUGCUUUAAGUCUUUAUAUGUAUUGUACAGCACUUGCUGAUAACUUGUGUUAUAAGGAAUGUUCCUUGGAUGGUAGGCUUUAGCAAAGUGCAGUAACCAGAACUUUCCUCAAUCUUUUUGAAAUCUUGAUUCCUUGGUUGUUAAUGUAUAUUUUUAACAAUACCAAUUUUCAUGUUCCACAAGUCACUAAUUACAAGGAGAUAUUUGGGCUUAUCAUGUCAGAAGUAUUUCUUUAUUGUACAUAACUUGUAUUAAAUCUUUACUAAAAGAAAACAAGUAGUAUUAAAAAGGUAAUCGUAUGUAAAGUAUUCUUGUAUAUAAUCUUCAUCUUGGAAUUUAAAAUAAAUUAUUCCGUCAA